CGGGCAGGGAGCGCAGCUCUCGCGUCCUGCCCUGCCCCUGCUGCCUCCGCUCCGCUCCGCUCCGGCGGAUUUUCCACGGGGAUCCGUGGAGUUUGCUUGGGGAAAGCUGGGAGCACGGCGCGGCCAGACCAGAAGCUAAAAAUGGCACUUGGACACUAUGAAACCAAUGAGGUUCAGAAAAUUACUGCUGAGCAGGAACAUGUCCUUGGUGGUGAUGGCUCAUCAGAAUCCAGGAUAGUGGACCAAAGCUUGUCAGCUCUAAUCACAGAGUAUGGUAACCGUGUGGAGGAAAUGAAACAACAGCUGCAGCUUUAUCAGGCACAAAUGGGUGAGAUGACACUAAAAUUGGAAGAAGUCACCAAGGAAAAUGAAAGGCUGCAUGCAGAGUUGAAAGAGCCUCUUGAGAAGCAACUGGAGGCUCUUCCUUUUGUGCAUCUGGAAACUGAUAUUUCUGCAGAUGAAGGUGUAGUGAGAGCCCUUCAAGAGCAACUACAGCUGGCAAAGCAAGAAAAAGACCAAGCAGUUGAGCGCUGGCAGAUGUUGUCACAGGAGCACGAUCGUCUUCAGCAGCAGUACCAGGAGCACGUGACUAAAACACACAUCCUCAUGACUGAAAGGAAAAAGCAGAAUGAUCAAGUGACUGGCUUUCAGCAGCUGACUCGCCAACUGCACAUGACCAAUCAGCAGUUUCUGAAAACUGUGACAGAACAAGAUGUGGAGCUAGAGCAGCUACGAAAACAACUGAGGCAAGCCAAAAGAGAUGGGCAGGUAGCGAAUGCUAAGCUUGAAGAAAUUAUGGCAUUGAAAGAGAAGCUUCAGAGCCAAUUGGAGAGAAAGGAAGAAGACAGGAUAUCUGCCCAGGAGAAAGAAACAGCAUCUGACAAACGCUUGCAGCAAAUGCAGUCAAAUAUAAAACAGUUAGAAAUAAGAUUGUGUGUGACUGUUCAGGAUGCUGAACAGCUGAGAGCAGAAAAAGUAGCCCUGGAGGAACAGAUCAGAGAACUUCAGGCCAAGUCUGCCAGUCUAGAAAAUGAGAUGUAUGAUGCUGUUGCAAAAGUCCAGGAUUGCAUACAGCUCUUGGAAGAAGCUAACCUGGAAAAAAAUCAGGCACUCUUUGGGGAGAAACAAAAGGAAGAAGAGAUAAAAAAACUGCAGGAUGAAAUGUCUCAACUUGCAGAAAAUACUGCUGCAAGAAUUAGAAAGGAAGUGCACACUGCAAAGAAGCAAUGUAACCUGCAGGUUUCUCGGCUAACAGAAGAAGUUUCAGCUCUUCAGAUGGAAUGUGGAGAAAAACAGAGUCAAAUUGAACGAGUCAUUAGAGAAAAGAGAGCAGUGGAAGAAGAACUUGAAAAGAUUUACAGGGAACAGAGAGAGCAUGAAUCUGACAGUGGAAAGCUGGAGCAGCUGCAUCAGAAGUAUUUACUUGCAGAAGCUGCCAAAGAUGACCUUCAGCGGAGUCUACAGAUGACACAAAAUAAACUGAAACAACUGGAAAUGAACUCUGAGGAAGAGAAAUCUCGUUGCCAGGAAGUUAUCUGUAAAUUGCAAAGCACUCUGGAUUCAGAAAGAGAAAAGAGUGCCUUUGUCAGUGAACAAAGACUAAAACUUCAGCAAGAGAAUGAACAAUUGCAAAACGAAAUGGAGGGUUUGAGAAAACUGGCAGUAGAGGCUCAACAAAAAGCUAAAAUAAAGAUAAGCACAAUGGAGCAUGAGCAUGCAGUGAAAGAACAUGGGUAUGAAGCUCGACUCAAGGAGAUGGAGGACACCAGCCACAAGUCCAUUGCUGAGCUCAGACGUCUCUUAGUAGCUCAGCAAAAAGCAACAAACCGGUGGAAAGAAGAAAUAAAAAUCCUCACUGAAACUACAGAAGCCAGGAUCAGUAAGCUGAAAAGUGAGCUGCAUCAACAAAAACUCCGUAGCCAGGAGCUCAUUUCCCAGCUGGAAAUAGCAAAUGAGAAGGUAACUGAGGAUGAGACACUGAUGGUGGAAUAUCGGGAAUACAUCGACAGGCUUCAGAAGCGGCUGAGCCAGGCGGAACAGAGAGCAGCCACAGCAUCCCAACAGCUCAGCCUGAUAACUACACAGAAUAAAAAAGCUGUUUCCCUGAAGGACCUGGAAAAUAUUUAAACACAUGUUUUUAUCAUUCACCAUGUUGGGAGUUAGGAGGGUUGCUGGAUAAACUUCCUAUUGGAGCACUACAGUCAAAAGCACAGCAAGGCUUGUGGAACUUGAAACAGAUUCUGGUUCAUUCCGGUAAGAAAGAGAGUGGAUGAAGAUCCUGUCUCUGUAUGCACAAUAAAGAUUGGAAGAAGACUGCAAAAUGUUGUCAUUUGUGUCCUUUAAUGUAGCAAAGGAAAAAGCCUGACACAGUGCUGUGGCACAUUCAGGGUUUUUUGGUCUAAAAUUCACUUGCUCCAACUGUGACAAGAUUGUGUACAGCGAGUAGGUAACACUUGUACUGAAACUGAUCUUGGCUUUGCUCACGUGCAGUCAAUACCUUUAAUUUUUCUUUAUAGUGCAGGUAACUUGGGAACAACUUGAAGAUCCUUUAUGAAUUAUAAUUAGACUCAUUACAGCAUGAAUGUCAAAGAGCUGCUGUUUUGAUGGUCAGUGUUUGAGCUGCAUGCUGCCUGCAUUGCCUUCCAGCGUAAAGAAUUCAGUUUGGUUUGGUCUGAUGCCCCUAAGGUACAGGUAAUAAUGAAAAUGCUGCUAUGGCCACUCAGGCAGCUCAUUUCUAAGUUCUGUAACCUUCCUGAAGUUGUGCUUUUUCUUCCUAAUAUGCUAUUAAUUUUAUAAUCACUUUACAAUUCCUUGCUUUUCUGUUGAUCUGCUCCCUUGGUUUGGUAUCUUAGCACUUCCAUUCUCUUACUUCAAUUUGCACAAAGGUGAAGUCAUCCAGCCGUUCCUUAUGCCUUCUGAAAUAGUGGGUUUCAAUUCUACAGAUGCUAGGAUGUGGGAAUCCUAAUGUACACGGGUUUUUUUGGAUAGUUGAGACAUGCCAUAGCUAUCAUUCUGCAAUUACAGCUGAAGUCCAUUUUCUCUUUUAGCAUACAUUACAGGCAUUUCAUAGGAGUUUAACUGAUUUUGAAGUGCUCACAUCUUAGCCUUAACUGACAUGGUUGCUUGUCCUUCCA